GUUCAUCGUUGUUAUUGUUUUGAAUCUAAUUUGCUCAAUUAAAGUUGAAAACCAUGAUGAAAGGUGUAGAGGCUAAAUUGGCGUUCUCGACACUUUUAUAAUAAGCAAUCAAAAAGAGAUAUGAAUGCGCCUUGAAAGUUUUGGUUCCGUCUGUCAGUAGUUUAUCUCUGUCCUUAAACAGUUAAUAAACUUAAGGGUAGGGAUAUAAAAGUCAAUAUUGACUCGUCUUCAAUAAGACUCUGUGAACGACAAAAUUGUGAAAAGUACAUUUCAUAACUGAACAAAAGAGCUGAUUGGUGGAGAGAUAAACUCUGCGGGCGGCAGGUGCUAUGGUUAAAAAUAGAUUAAUUCUGAUUGGUAGUUAAAAAAGAAACGAAUUAGAGUACGCUUUACACCAACGUUACUUGUUACUUGGUUAAAUUGUCUUUUCGGGAGGAAACGAGUUUCUUUUCCGUUUAGAAUCGCUUUGAAAAAUGGAAAAUAAAAGUGAAAAGUCACUGAAUGAAUUCAUCUCCGUGGCAAAAGGAAAAGAGGAGGGACUAAUUGGUUCCGGAAGCUUACCUAGUCUCAUCAGUCCUAGACCAACCAGCGGUCAGGCAAGCCCAUCCUCUCCGAGCCAGCAACAGCCAAGAGAAAAGAUUAACGUGACAUUCGUUUUCCCAUUGGAUGAAAAAUACCAAUGUCCCGUUUGUAAAGAUGUGCUCCUAAACCCUGUGCAAUUUGAAGAAUGUGGACACAGAGUAUGCGGGAAUUGCUUCCCGUCGAUAAUAAGAGUCGAGCCAAGAUGCCCAAUCGGCAUGCAUCCGAUUGACAAGGACGCGUCGUAUGUGGACAAAGCGUUCCAUAAGGAAAUUUUAGCGCUUGAUGUCAAAUGCAACAAUCACGAAUGGGGCUGCAAAUGGGAAGGCGAGUUUGAAACUGUUCAGAAACAUGCUGCUGAGUGCGAUUUUGUGGAAAUGUUGUGUUCGUACGAGUGCGGAGCAAAAUUUCAAAAACGAUUUUUCCAGAAGCAUGUAGACAGAGACUGUCCAAAGAAGAUAAUUGUCUGUCCUUACUGUGAUGACAGACAUCUUAGGGAGGAAAGAAAGAUGCAUAUGGAGGAUUGCCUGAAGCUUCCAAUGCCGUGUCCCAACAAAUGUGAAAAGAAACUUGUUAUCACAAGGGAUCAGUUAGAUUAUCACGUCGGUGAGGAGUGUCCUAAGACAAAAAUGACCUGUGAAUACGAAGACAUUGGCUGCGUUCACAGAUGCAACCGAGAAAAACUACCCAAACACCACAAAAGUGAGCUGAUCAAUCACGUAAGAAUGCUCCAUGGCGUUGUCAUGGACCAGAAAAGAGAACUUCUGGAAUCCAAAGUCCUUCUUAAAGAACAAAUGGACACAAUCAGCCAACAGCAAAAGCGCAUCGAGGACCUGGAACGCAUUACUAACAGCCAGUUGAUCUGGAGGAUCGACGACUAUCACCGGAAGUUAAAAUCGGCAAAGAGCGGAGAGUUGGACACGAUAUUUAGUCCAGAGUUCUACACGAGUAGGAAUGGAUACCGACUAAUGGCUUCCGCUUGUUUGAACGGAGACGGCAAAGGGAAGGGAACGCAUUUAUCUGUGUUUAUUAGCGUUGUUCAAGGAAUAUACGAUUCGCUGUUAAAGUGGCCAUACAACUACCGCACCACGUUCUAUCUAUUGGAUCAGAACAAAGACCUUUCCAAACGGAAACACAUUAUGUUUUCAGUUAAACCAAAUGUGUGUCCUGAAAACGAGCCGUUUCUUGGCAGGCCCAGGACCAACAAAAAUCCUAGCUUCGGCUCUGGAAAAUUUGCUGCACACGAAGACAUCGAGAAAGGAGAGUACAUCAAAGAUAACACAAUGUUCAUCAAGGUUGUUGUGGAAUGCGACGGAAUGAGUGAACCUUGAUGAUAUGAUCAGGAAAGGCUGGGUUGCCGGGACAAACACCCAUGAAUCUCUAAGAACGAGACGUGAGAAAGCUGAAGAAAUUCAAGGCGACUUCCACGCAUGCUUUUCCGCUCCUCAGUCUCUUCUACUACCGCUAUAGCCAGUGUAUGAGCAUAAACACAGUAGUCAGAAUAACUGCUUUAUAUAUUCACUCAUGAUUACUCGGAUAGACCAUAAACGAUCACCUCGAACUAAAAUUUAAUAUUACUUCGAACCCUCUUCCACUCUAUUUACUCCAUCCAUUUCUCAUGUUCAUCAGUCUUAACAUUUUUUAAGUUUGAGUUGUAUUAAUGAAUUCUCACGGGAAGAUCAGAUGCCUUAUAUGGCUUAGUCCCAAGCCUGCAAACAUCUUUCUUUUGACAUUAGCCAUGCUCUACGUUUUGCAGAUUUUGUUUUGUUUACACUAAAUUUCCAAGAGAGCUUUCUUGAGCCCCAUGACUGUCUCACCUGCAAAACAACUAAUAAUUCAAGGGAUAAGUAUGUACAUAUACUCCUGUAAUACAUGUUCUGAGAAAACUUUCAACCUCAGGUGGUCAAUAUUUAGAUAUACUCAGGCUACAUUUGUUCUCAAUAGCCAUCAAUUAUUGAUCAGAUCUCCAAAGCGAGUAAAAAGCAAGUAGAUGUCCAUGAAUUGUAUAAUUAUAUACCUUCAGUAAUGGCUAAGCUACCACAGCACGAGCUUAAGUUUCGGAAACUAAGAGAAGAAAUCUUUUUUCUCCCCGCUUCCCAUCGGCGGGAGUUAUGUAUCUAAGAAAAACCUUCAUGUAUGCUAUAUUUACUCUAUGUAUUUGUCCUGAGGCAUCCGACAUGAAGCGUGCAUUACUGUUACGAUGUUAAUAGCUGAAAGAUGAUAAUGCUUUUGUUUAGCUCCA